AUGACGGUCACCGUGGGGUUGGCACCCGCCCGCGAUGGGAUGCCGUGGUUCUUACACCUCCUCUCUGCCCCACGGCGUCAGGCCACGGAGGAGCCCCCGGCCACCGCGGAGAACCUCCGGCCCUUCAACCUCGUCAUCCCCUUCACCGUCCAGAAGGGUGAGAUCACAGGAGAGGUGAGGAUGCCCUCGGGGAAGACGGCGCGACCCAACAUCACCGACAACAAGGACGGGACGGUGACGGUGCGUUACGCCCCCACUGAGAAGGGGCUCCACGAGAUGGACAUCCGCUACGACGGCAACCACAUCCCCGGGAGUCCCCUCCAGUUCUACGUGGACGCCAUCAACCCGCGACACGUCAGCGCCUACGGGCCGGGGCUGAGCCACGGCAUGGUCAACAAGCCGUGCACCUUCACCAUCGUCACCAAGGACGCCGGGGAAGGUGGGCUCUCGUUGGCGGUGGAGGGUCCCUCCAAGGCGGAGAUCACCUGCCAGGACAACAAAGACGGGACCUGCACGGUGUCCUACCUGCCCACCGCCCCCGGGGACUACAACAUCAUCGUCCGCUUCGAUGACAAGCACAUCCCGGGCAGCCCCUUCACCGCCAAGAUCACCGCCUUCACGCCCAAGGAGGUGGGCGAGCACGUGGUGAGCGUGAAGAAGAGCGGGCAGCACGUCACCAACAGCCCCUUCAAGAUCCUGGUGGGGCAGUCGGAGAUCGGGGACGCCAGCCGGGUGAAGGUGUGGGGCAAAGGGCUGGUGGAAGGUCACACGUUCGAGGUGUCCGAGUUCAUCGUGGACACGCGCAGCGCUGGCUACGGCGGGCUGGGCCUGUCCAUCGAGGGACCCAGCAAGGUGGACAUCAACUGUGAGGACGUGGAAGACGGCACCUGCAAGGUCACCUACUGCCCCACCGAACCCGGCAACUACAUCAUCAACAUCAAGUUCGCCGACAAACACGUCCCAGGGAGUCCCUUCACCGUGAAGGUGACGGGUGAAGGCCGCAUGAAGGAGAGCAUCACGCGCCGGCGGCAGGCGCCCCCCACC